AAAAUAUUUAAUUAUUUCAUAAUCAAACAGGUAAAAUGGAUAAUACGAAAUUACUACAAGAUAUAACAUAUUAUUCACGUAUAAUUCGAGAACGUACAAAACAAAAAGAGAAGUAUAAAUUCGCUCAAAUAAAUCCAAUAUACUCGCAAAAACCAAAUUGGAAUACAAUUUUACCUUUAACAAAAACUAAAUAUAAUUGUUAUAAAUAUGUAAAGACUAAUAAUAACAGUAAAAAAUUAAUCGAACCAAUUAAAACAACAUCUCAGCCCGUAUUUAUACCAAAACAGAAUAAAGUACUUAUAAAUCCACAUUUUAAAUCACAAUCGAUUAACAAUAGCCACCCAGUAAAAGUACACGUGAAUCCAAAUUUUAACUCAAAUCGUAUUAACAAUACUGUUCAUAUUAAUCGUUUAACUGAAUUCGGUGAUAAAAUAUUAAAAGAACAAAAUCAUAGAUUAACAACUCAAAAUUUAACAAAACCCACCCAAACACAUCUAAAUAUACAUCUAAAACAACCCGCGAUUAUACAAACUAAUUUAAAAUUGAUAAAACGGCCCUCAAUUGUACAAACGAACUUAAACUUGAUAAAAAAAUCCCCGACUGUACAAAUAAAUAAACAACCUUCGAUUAUAAAACAUACCCCGAUCAAACAAUCGUUAAAAUCAUCAUCCGAAUGUUUUAAAUCGAAAUAUAAAUUAGAUCGCCGGCGUACAAAUUCAUUAACUCGAAAACGGAAAUAUUCAUAUUCUACAGCGUUAAAAACUCGAUUAAAAAAUACUCGAUCACGUGUUACGGUUAAUCGAAAUACAAAUUUAAUUAAUAUUAGUGGAAAUUUAUAUAAAAUUUCACGAAAUAAAUUACAAAAAACGAAUUCAAAUAAUUCGAAUUCGAUUAAAUUAAAUAAAAAGAAACAUAAAUAUCGUUAUGUUAAACAAACGGAGGUUAAAAAGAAUCCAUUGGUAGUGGUUCCCUCAUCAUCAGCCAUUAUCAAGCGGAAAAAAGUGGUAAAACCUUUGGUGGGUUCUAUAAAAUUAAAACGAGCUAUAAAAGGUCGUAUUUCAACGAAAUACAAGUUAAUCAAUACCAGUUCUCGAACUAGUACGAAAUCUAAAAAUAAAAAAUUAAUACGUACAUUGCCAAAUAAAUAUCGUAAAAAUAACGUACCAUGCCCGAUAUUUAAUCGUUAUGGAAAAUGUUCAAGUCAUGAUAAGGGCACUUGUCGUCGUGUACAUGAUCCUAAAUUAAUCGCUAUUUGUAAAAAAUACUUACAGGGUGCCUGUGAUAUAAAAAGUUGUACAUUAUCACAUAAUAUUACGUUGGAAAAAAUGCCGACUUGUAAAUUUUAUUUGGAUGGAUUUUGUAGCAAAGAUCAAUGCCCAUAUUUACAUGUGAAAUUAAAUGAAAAAACUGAUAUUUGUAAAGAUUUUCUUAAUGGAUACUGUCAAGCUGCUGACAAGUGUGAUAAACGUCAUGUGAAUUAUUGUCCCGAAUUUGAGCGUACUGGGAAAUGUUCGAAAAUUAAAUGCCCAUAUCCACACAUCACAAUUAUUACAAGCGAACAAGCAAAACAAUUGAAAUUAGAAUCGAGAAAUAAACAAGAAUCAAAAACGAGCAAAGAAAAAGUUGACGAAAUUGUUAAUUUUGAAAUAGACGUGACAGCUACACCAACACCUCCUGUCACUUGUCCAGAUAAUAAAAUAUUUAGAUAUUAUAUAAAAGAAGAUGACUUGAAUGCGAACGAUGCAAACUUUUCUUCCAGUAGUACUGAUGAUGGUCAAAUACUACAGACUUAUAAAGAACGUACAAAAAAUAUUGAAACACCUGAUUUUAUACCAAAAUUUAAUAAUUCGAACACACUAGGUAAAUAA